AUGGCAUUUUCAUCUUCUCAACAAAUGUAUCUCCCAAUUGGGAUUCUAAUCAUUGGAGUACCAGUAAUUGCUUUUAUAUUUUUCUCUCUCACAAUGUUAGGAUGGUGCAAGAUUACCAAUCAUGAAUCAACUCUUCCUACAACAGGCAUAACUUUUGAUGAGAAACUUUCUGCUUGCAUGAGUUUAGAGUCACACUCAAUAACAUUUAUGUACAAGGAAGGUGAGGAUGCAAAAGGCAUAAACCAGACCGAAUGUGUUAUCUGUUUAACAGUCUUUCGAGAAGACGAAAGUGUUCGCAAGCUUCACACUUGCAAGCACAUGUUUCAUACAUCUUGCAUCGAUAAGUGGCUUUGUUCUCGUUCUGGCUGUCCACUUUGUCGCAUGCAGAUUGACCAAAUAACUUUGCCAAAUUAUUCAGUGGCAAAUGAACAGAUGAUUGUGGACAUUGUUGACUCUAGAAUUUGA